AUGGCACAAGGAAUGGCUUCCCUUCCAUGCGUGAUUUUGUUGAGAGAGUGGUGGAGAAACUGAAUGUGGGAGAAAACAAAGACCGUGUCUCUGUGGUCCAGUACAGCAGAGAUGCAGAGGUCCAUUUCUAUCUGAACACAUACACCACCAGAGAGGAUAUUGUGGAUUCAGUCAGGGGUCUGAGAUACAGAGGAGGCAGACCCCUCAACACCGGGGCAGCCCUCCAGUACGUCAGGGACAACGUGUUUACAAGCUCCUCUGGGAGUAGGCACCAGCAAGGUGUUCCACAAAUGUUGAUCCUGUUAAAUGGUGGAAGGUCUUAUGACAACGUAGAUACCCCAGCCUCUGCUCUCAAACAGCAGGGUGUCUUUGUAAUUGGCAUUGGAACAAGCAGCUCUGACAUUAAUGAGCUGCAGAAGAUAUCCUCUGACCCUACUCUCGCUCUAUCAGUGACUGAGUUCACUGAGCUCCCCAGUGUCCAAGAAAAGCUCUCCUCUGUAAUGAGCACAGUGCUAGUGAGGGCCACGCCCGUAAAACCAGGAGUAACCGUUGAGAAACAGCCAAAGGGAAGAGAUUUUGUGUUCUUGCUGGACGGAUCUGAUGGUACUAGAAUUGUAUUCCCAGCUAUGAGAGACUUUGUCCAAAGAGUAGUAGAGACACUCAGUGUGGAUGACAACAAAGACCGUGUCUCAGUGGUUCAGUACAGCACAGAUCCAGCCGUCCAGUUCUAUCUGAACACAUACACGACAAAGGGCGAGAUCUUUGACACCCUCAGAGGUUUGAAACACAAAGGUGGAAGACCCCUCAACACUGGAGCAGCCCUCCAGUAUUUGAGGGAUAAUGUCUUCACAGCCUCUGCAGGAAGCAGGCGCCUGGAAGGAGUUCCACAGGUGCUAAUAUUGCUGAGUGGUGGAAGGUCUUUUGACAGUGUUGAUGCACCAGCCUCUGCUCUGAAAAAGAUGGGUGUCUUGAUCUUUGCCAUUGGAACCAGGAGCUCUGAUAGCACAGAACUGCGGAAGAUAGCCCAAGAUCCAAGUUACUCUCUGUCUGUGCCUGAAUUCACUGACCUUCCCAGUGUCCAACAGCAGCUUCAAUCCUCUGUGGAGGAUGUGGUUAUUGACGUCACCCCAUUAGAACCAACUGUACUUGUUGAGACCGCCAAAAAGGAUAUCGUAUUCCUUCUGGAUGGUUCUGAUGGCACAAGGAAUGGCUUCCCUGCCAUGCGUGAUUUUGUUGAGAGAGUGGUGGAGAAACUGAAUGUGGGAGAAAACAAAGACCGUGUCUCUGUGGUCCAGUACAGCAGAGAUGCAGAGGUCCAUUUCUAUCUGAACACAUACACCACGAGAGAGGAUAUUGUGGAUUCGGUCAGGGGGCUGAGAUACAGAGGAGGCAGGCCCCUCAACACCGGGGCAGCCCUCCAGUACGUCAGGGACAAUGUGUUUACAAGCUCCUCUGGCAGUAGGCGCCAGCAAGGUGUUCCACAAAUGUUGAUCCUGCUAAAUGGUGGAAAGUCUUUUGACAAUGUAGAUACCCCAGCCUCUGCUCUCAAACAGCAGGGUGUCUUUGUAAUUGGCAUUGGAACAAGCAGCUCUGACAUUAAUGAGCUGCAGAAGAUAUCCUCUGACCCUAGUCUCGCUCUAUCAGUGACUGAGUUCACUGAGCUCCCCAGUGUCCAAGAACAGCUCUUCUCUGUAAUGAGCACAGUGCUAGUGAGGGCCACGCCCGUGACACCAGCAGUACCCGUGGAGAAACAGCCAAAGGGAAGAGAUUUUGUGUUCUUGUUGGACGGAUCUGAUGGUACUAGAACUGGAUUCCCAGCUAUGAGAGACUUUAUCCAAAGAGUAGUAGAGACACUCAGUGUGGAUGACAACAAAGACCGUGUCUCAGUGGUUCAGUACAGCAGAGAUCCAGCCGUCCAGUUCUAUCUGAACACAUACAGGACAAAGGGUGAGAUCUUUGACACCCUCAGAGGUUUGAAACACAAAGGUGGAAGACCCCUCAACACUGGAGCAGCCCUCCAGUAUUUGAGGGAUAAUGUCUUCACAGCCUCUGCAGGAAGCAGGCGCCUGGAAGGAGUUCCACAGGUGCUAAUAUUGCUAAGUGGUGGAAGGUCUUUUGACCGUGUUGAUGCACCAGCCUCUGCUCUGAAAAAGAUGGGUAUCUUGAUCUUUGCCAUUGGAACCAGGAGCUCUAAUAACACAGAACUGCGGAAGAUAGUCCACGAUCCAAGUUACGCUCUGUCUGUGCCUGAAUUCACUGACCUUCCCAGUGUCCAACAGCAGCUUCAGUCCUCUGUGGAGCAAGUGGUUAUUGACGUCACCCCAGAGUCACCAACUGUACUUGUUGACAGUUCCAAAAAGGAUAUCGUAUUCCUUCUGGAUGGUUCUGAUGGCACAAGGAAUGGCUUCCCUGCCAUGCGUGAUUUUGUUGAGAGAGUGGUGGAGAAACUGAAUGUAGGAGAAAACAAAGACCGUGUCUCUGUGGUCCAGUACAGCAGAGAUGCAGAGGUCCAUUUCUAUCUGAACACAUACACCAAGAGAGAGGAUAUUGUGGAUUCGGUCAGGGGGUUGAGAUACAGAGGAGGCAGACCCCUCAACACCGGGGCAGCCCUCCAGUACGUCAGGGACAACGUGUUUACAAGCUCCUCUGGGAGUAGGCACCAGCAAGGUGUUCCACAAAUGUUGAUCCUGUUAAAUGGUGGAAGGUCUUAUGACAAUGUAGAUACCCCAGCCUCUGCUCUCAAACAGCAGGGUGUCUUUGUAAUUGGCAUUGGAACAAGCAGCUCUGACAUUAAUGAGCUGCAGAAGAUAUCCUCUGACCCUACUCUCGCUCUAUCAGUGACUGAGUUCACUGAGCUCCCCAGUGUCCAAGAAAAGCUCUCCUCUGUAAUGAGCACAGUGCUAGUGAGGGCCACGCCCGUAAAACCAGGAGUAACCGUUGAGAAACAGCCAAAGGGAAGAGAUUUUGUGUUCUUGCUGGACGGAUCUGAUGGUACUAGAAUUGUAUUCCCAGCUAUGAGAGACUUUGUCCAAAGAGUAGUAGAGACACUCAGUGUGGAUGACAACAAAGACCGUGUCUCAGUGGUUCAGUACAGCACAGAUCCAGCCGUCCAGUUCUAUCUGAACACAUACACGACAAAGGGCGAGAUCUUUGACACCCUCAGAGGUUUGAAACACAAAGGUGGAAGACCCCUCAACACUGGAGCAGCCCUCCAGUAUUUGAGGGAUAAUGUCUUCACAGCCUCUGCAGGAAGCAGGCGCCUGGAAGGAGUUCCACAGGUGCUAAUAUUGCUGAGUGGUGGAAGGUCUUUUGACAGUGUUGAUGCACCAGCCUCUGCUCUGAAAAAGAUGGGUGUCUUGAUCUUUGCCAUUGGAACCAGGAGCUCUGAUAGCACAGAACUGCGGAAGAUAGCCCAAGAUCCAAGUUACUCUCUGUCUGUGCCUGAAUUCACUGACCUUCCCAGUGUCCAACAGCAGCUUCAAUCCUCUGUGGAGGAUGUGGUUAUUGACGUCACCCCAUUAGAACCAACUGUACUUGUUGAGACCGCCAAAAAGGAUAUCGUAUUCCUUCUGGAUGGUUCUGAUGGCACAAGGAAUGGCUUCCCUGCCAUGCGUGAUUUUGUUGAGAGAGUGGUGGAGAAACUGAAUGUGGGAGAAAACAAAGACCGUGUAUCUGUGGUCCAGUACAGCAGAGAUGCAGAGGUCCAUUUCUAUCUGAACACAUACACCACGAGAGAGGAUAUUGUGGAUUCGGUCAGGGGGCUGAGAUACAGAGGAGGCAGGCCCCUCAACACCGGGGCAGCCCUCCAGUACGUCAGGGACAAUGUGUUUACAAGCUCCUCUGGCAGUAGGCGCCAGCAAGGUGUUCCACAAAUGUUGAUCCUGCUAAAUGGUGGAAAGUCUUUUGACAAUGUAGAUACCCCAGCCUCUGCUCUCAAACAGCAGGGUGUCUUUGUAAUUGGCAUUGGAACAAGCAGCUCUGACAUUAAUGAGCUGCAGAAGAUAUCCUCUGACCCUAGUCUCGCUCUAUCAGUGACUGAGUUCACUGAGCUCCCCAGUGUCCAAGAACAGCUCUUCUCUGUAAUGAGCACAGUGCUAGUGAGGGCCACGCCCGUGACACCAGCAGUAACCGGUAAGAAAUUUGGCCACAUUUUACAUUCCAAGAUCAGUGUAGGAGGCAAAAUGAACCAUGUAUGAGUGCAUUUCAUUUACUUAAGGUCAGCCAGUGCCACUUUGA